AUGCUGUACUUUCUUAUCCCAAAAGGAGCAACUAGCCUCGAAGAGGUACCGCGAUCCCAACUUGACCUACGGUCUGACACAGACAUCAUCGCCGAGCUCGGCUCGUUCCGACCCGUCACAUCGGAGAAGAACGUAUGGGCCUUCUGGGACAAGGGCCUCGACGCAAUGUACCCCAGCUACCGAUGCACCGUCCUGAAUUGGGUGCGAAAGCUUGGCCCUAGCUGGACGGUCCGCGUCGUCGACCUCGUCGACGGUUCACCCAAUAACAUCUACAAUUUUGUCGACAAAUCCUGGUUCCCGGAUUGUGUCAUCAACAAUUCCAUGGACGGAGGUCACAAGGCCCAACACACGUCAGAUCUGAUACGCCUCCCCUUGCUAUUCGAGCACGGCGGCGUCUGGAUGGACGUCGGGAACAUGCUGCACACUCACCUUGAUGACCUCUUUUGGAACUCGCUCUCGAGCUCGGAUUCAUAUGAGGUCGGACUGUGGAUCAUCACCGGCCAGAUCAGGAAGAAAUGGGGCAGCUUCGGAAACUUCAUGCUGGCCGCGAGAAAGGGCUCCCUCUUCAUCAAGAAUUGGCACAACGGGUACAAGGAGCUGUGGAACGGACGCACCAACGAACGUGGCUUCCAUAAGCAUCCCUUGGUCCAGGAAAUCGGUAUCGCCGACGGCAUGUCAGACUGGAACUUUGAGGACAAGGUCCUCGAGAUGAGCGACUAUGUGGCCCACAUGCUCAUUGGCGACCGGACAAGAAACCUCCUCGACGUUGAAACGAGCUGGAAUGGGCGUGAGGUCUUUGAGAAGAGGGCUUUCAUGGUCGAGGGUAUCCAGAAUGGCGUUCUCGGAGCAAUCAAGACGGACUACGACGGCGCGAGGCAGGUCGAGUACUUCACGACCCGUCUUGACGAGCCCUGCAUGGAGAAGAGGGCUGCUGCUGAGAGAUUUGUGGUCGACAUGCUGGAGAACAGCCACAUGUACAAAGUCUACCACAACUCAGCAGGAGGUCUGCCUGCGCUGGGAGACUUGAUAAAGAGGGACGGUCUCAAGGAUGCAGACCACAGACCGGGAACGUAUGGGGAGCUGUACAGGUACGGCACGGUGCAUUGGCGGUCGAAGCGGCAGGUCGAGCAGCUUUCGCCGCCACCGAGCGAAGACGAGUUGAUUCGUGCUACACCGACGACGCCGGCAAUUCACCAUCUGAAUUAG